AUGAAGGUAUGUUUCCCCCCCUAACAUUCGCGUGUUCCUGUGGAUUCCGAGUUGCUAAAGCGGAGUGGGAUGCAAUACCCAUGAUGGCCAACCUGUUCUGAGCAUUGUGUUAGGACUGGGUGAGACUGUUAUGACCACCUGGACGCAAAUUCAGCACCUACAUAGCGUCACAUCAUGUGAAAGCUAACAUUACAAAACACUAAGCUGCCGGUUUUGAAGAUGUAAUAACCAAGGCAAUCAGGAGGAAGAUCGUCACUUGACUGGGUUCCCAAGUCCCGCCUAAUGGAUGGCAUGGACGGCUCUGGCAUAACUAUGAACAUGGCGGAACAAUUGUCAGCCUUCCGCCUCCUGUUUUGUCGGGUCCGGGGUGCCUCUAGAGUCAUCUGUGUUCCCCUCGUGAACCUUGGGUAAGGUUCUUCGCCUCGGGUGAAAAAUGGAUCCUACUUAGCUUGAUCCAGUUCACCUGUGCCUUGUUUUCCCCCCUUGGGAAUGUAUUUUGUAAGGCUUGUGUUUUUCCCCUUGUUUCUACACUUAUGUUAUUAGUGAUUCCUUUCUAUGUGUCGUCCUGCUUUGUUUCCAACACCGUGGUCCCUUUCCAAGUAAGGUGGGGGGUGUUCUAAAGGAGUUAUCUUUAGUUUGUUUUUCUCACCCUCGGGGAAGUAAUAUUUUUGUUGUGUUUGUCGAAGAUCCUGUUUUGGUGCCCCAUACCAUCGUUUCUGAGAAGAAAAGUUUUGGGUGUGGACUAUUUGUGAAUGGCGAAGAACCGUUUGUUUGUUUAUAUGGAAAGGGGUCUAGGCUGUGCCUUGGAGGUAUUGCCUGGUGAUGUGUUGAUCAUCUUUGGGAUCGUCCUGGACACGGGACCGGUCCUCUGUGCAGUAGGGGUAUUACCCCAAAGCUGCAUCCACAUCUAGAGACCGGGGAGGUAGGGUCUACGCACGGCUUUGGUUUGUCAUAAAAAACCAAGUCCUAUCAGUGGACCCGAACUAUGGAGGGCACUACAAAAUGGGGAGUUCCCAUGACCGGUGUUGGUUUAAAGUCGGGGGUGGAGGGGUACAACGGUCGACAUGAGAUUCUUUCCACGCAUGAAUCCGGUUCUCGGGGGAAGAAAAGCGCGACGAAUGAGGGGGGAGCUGAUGGCUGAUACAUUCUCAACAUCCUGGCCGGAAAAUGAUUCGGGGUUUUCCGCUUCACCAUUCUCUUGUAAAGAACGCCUCCUUGGUCCUCGAUCCAUCCCUCGCCCCAGGUCACCUCCAGUUACUACAUACCUUCUCUGGUGGUGGAGGCGUAGACCCCGUAACGUACAAGGCCCCAGAGAUCCGCAGAACCCUUUUUCUGGGGGAAAAACCGACGCUGCUUGCCAGGGAUUCCUCACCCCAUGCUCCCUCACCUUCGAGCGCCAAUCCUCAAGUUUUUCCCACAGCCCCGUUCCAAGAUUGCCUACAUCAUGUACGCCUUCUAUUCAGACAGGGAAGGGCGCUGCGCCUGGCCGGGGCUGCGGUGUUGUGCCGUCCCAGGAGGCCUGUUGUGUCAGUGUACCCAGCUGAAGGGGGAUGGGGUUUAGAAAGCGGGAUUGGCAAGCUGAAGGGAUUGUUCGAUCCAUCUUUCAGUGGUGGCGAGACGGCAGUGUCGCAAGCGUGCCGGGGCUAGCAUGGGGGUCCGGUCUAGUCUUCCGUCAGGCUCCCGAGCACGUGUCAGCUUUCCCAUUGAUUGGGUUCGAAUGAGAAGUGGACCUUAAGGCGAGGGCAAGGAGCGGUAUGUGUUAAGUGGUGGAUUGAAUCGCUUGUAUGUGGGGUCUGCUUUCAGGAGGGGUUAACUGAGCCCCUUCCACAGGGGUUGAUUUAUGACCACCACGUAUAACCAGACAAAAUUGGGGGAAUGCUCUAGUCCCUCAUAGCGGCGGUGUGGCCAUCCGCAACUGGACAGGAGUCGGGGUGCUAAGGGGAGAGCGGAGAUGCGGAAGCUCGCGGCCAGUGGUCAAUCAAUUCCCAAGUUCCUCGAAAAAGCGGUGCUUUUUUCUCCAUUAAAUUUUGGACUGGGGCUGUUGCAGUUUCAGAACUUCCCCGGCGGUGCCUGGUACCUGCAUCCAGGAUUCCCCCGGAUAGCAUAAUGCAGUUAGCCCGUUCCAAUGCUUUCUCGCAUGGAAAUAUGUGAAGCGGGUCAAGAGUGGGGGAGGGAGCGGUGCUUUAAAAGUGGCGGAAGGAGAUCUCACUAGUGCGGUUUGGGCCGGAGCCACGUUCCGAAUCGCACUUGCGCACCGGUGAAUGUUUGCAGGGAAACGGGCCAGUCCCCGGCGCGGGGGCCAUGGGCGGUUACAGAUGGAGGCUGUGUGUAGAUGGGGGAGAAAUGGUAGAGCUGCCUCGGCGUGAGCUAAAACGAAAAAAAAAAAGCUGUCGCUGGUCAUUCCAGCACACAUGUCGCUUGGAGGGGGCCACAGCAAUGCGGGUGUCCAUCUGGAAUGAUCGCUUCGGGUUGAUCCUCCGUUGUAUCGCGAGGCGGAAGAGGGGGGGUCAGGUGAUUGUCCGGGGUGGGAUGAAUACGCUGAUGGCUGUCAUUAACGGGUGUAAUGAAAAAUGCGCCUGACCAACUCCGUGUGCCUGCAUCCGGCCAGCAGUACAGCGUGUGAGAUGGAUCGGAGAGCCGUCUGAAGAGGGCGGGCAGUGAAAUGAUUACCGAAAAACCGAUAAGCGAUCAUCCCUGCGACUUUACCAUCUCUUCAUGCACCCAGCAGGAUGAAACCUUCUAAUCUCAUUGACUCUGCCCUGUAUCCUAUUUCCUGGGUCACCCUUGGCUAUGCAACAUAAUCCGCCAGGUCGAGGGCUGGGCCUUCUGGGGCAAGUGAACCGGGAUUCUAAGCUGGUGUCCGCAUGCUUGCCAGGAGCGUCACCUGUGCAUGCUUCAGAUUCCAAAACUCAGCGCGCCUAAAGUACCUGGGCGUUUCUAUAGGGUCUGGGUGAAAGUCUCCCAAGUAGGUCCCCGAUGGGGUUUACCAAUUCGGUGUUCAAGGUGGCUGUGUGUUCAGGGGGCAAGACAAGGCGCCGUGGCGUACUUCGGCUUAGGCGCAGCGCGCGUCAAAUCAAGAGAACGUAUGACUGUGGGCCGCGUUGAUCUAUCCUGGGUGACUGCCGGCUCACUAUGGAGUCGGGAAGAUCGUGUGUUCCAUUUGUCUCCCGGAAAACACGAGCACAGGGGCGGGGCUAUGGGACACCUACAUUAAGGAGGUGUCCAGAGUUGGCAUGGACCAAGCGCUCAAAACCAAUGGGAGCCUCUAGCUAAGUGCGGCUUCACCUGCUGUGGUACGUGGCGUUACUUGUGUUGUGGUAUAAAAGAAGGACGGUGGGUCUGUUAGGUGGCCUUGUAAUUGGGUUCCCGGGGACUCAAGCAAGAUGCCAAGCGUGGGUUCGGAAUCGAUAUCCUCUUCCUCUCAUAAUGCGCAAGCUGCGGUGUUUCGGAGCGGAUGUGCUUCAAGGGCGGAUAAAAUGGCGGAAGAUGGGGCCAACAUUGUGGUUUCUAACUGUGGAUCUCCUAAAUGCGUACCAUCGGAGCGUGUUGCGGAAUAUCCGGCACAGGUGAGACUAAUGGAAGACGGGGCGGGGGUUCAACACGGCCCUCGCAGGGGGCACUAUGAAUCGUUUUGGUGGGACCCGGUAGAUCGGAGGAGAGGGGGGGGAGGAGGGGGGGGGGAAGGGCCCUGCGACAAUGCCCGGAGAAUAAAGAGAAACGCCCAACCAGAUACUUCGCACCGGGCUGGAUUAAUGAAUGUUUCUUACCGGAUAGUUAACUUAAUCUGUGCGGUCUUCGGGGUACCGUAUGACCUGUCCUCAGUCGUUGGCGUCGGGUCACUGAGAGGUUAGCAUGAGGGCAUGUUAGGGACGCGGGGGUUCUGCCAAGAGGCUCCUAGUGACAAUCGGGGGCCUCAUAGGUUAAACCUAGAAGUGUGAAUUUUGCGCGUUAUGUCCUCAGACUCCAGUGUUGCAUCGGGGUUUGUAAAUUGUGGUGGGAACACUGGAAGGGGAGGGGGGGGAAAAAGGAAGAGAAAAAGGAGAAAACAGUGGGGGGGGGAGCAAAAUCAACAAAACGAGGCAGCCUAGAGAUGGAAUCCCCAAUGAAAAAGUUCUGUAAGCUGGGUCCGCCUCUGGCCCACAGCCGUGACCAGGAAACGGGGUCAAGGGAGUUCAACGUUUCAUUGUGCUUUUCUAACUUCUAUCGGAAAGUUCAUCAAUGAAUGUUCAGCUCAGUGGUGAGCGCCCCUUGACGGGAGCUCUGAAAUACCAAUGGCGGGGUGAGGUAGCGAAGGAAAGGUUCGGGUACGUGGUGUAGGUUCGGCUGGAACGUGGCGUCGGGAACCUAUCUAGGUGUCUCAAGCGCGGGGGACGUCUGGAAGAAGGGUCACGUCUUGACUGCGCGUAUUCUGGGUGACUCCUGACCCAGAAAACCUUUCAUUUGUGGAGGUGUACGCCGUGCAGUAGGGGUGGGGGUGUGGAGGGCGCGUUACCCUGUCACAGGGGUGAGUGGUGUGAGGAUGGUAGAUAAUGAUGGAAGAAGAGGGCCCUUUAGUGACCUCAUUUCGUCGCCAGUGGGGCCUGUCUGAGGCCGAGCGCAACUACCAAAGGGGGUGUGGGGGGGGGGGGAUGGCGCUAGAGUUGCCUUGCAGUUAAAACUUGCUUUGUGUCUAAGAGUGGACGCCAUUGCUAUGAGUUUUCUCAGCACCGCGAAGUGAGCCAGGUUGCAUCAACAUACCACAAGACCCUUGAAUAUCUCCAAACCGGCUUAGGGGGCGGGGAAAUGAACCCAUCGGCAAGCACGAUGGUAACGGCCGUUGUGGGCUGGUAAUUCGGAUUCAUGGGUCCUCCUGUGCUAACCGCCCGGUUGCACCAAGGGAACGUCAGGCCGGAUGCCCUGGUACUCAGAGCCUUGGUGUCUCACCGAGUGUAAACAAGAGAAUCCCUUUGCAACAUCGAUUAUUCCGAGGAAAAUGCUAGGUAGUCGUCGCACCGUCUUAACAUAGGGAACUAGAAAGAGGGGUAAGCGAGAAGCCCUUGUACCAUUAGCCCUAAUCCGAGUGGGCUGUGUCGGGAACAGUGGGGCCGGGUGGGUCCGUGUACUUCGCUCUCGGUCUGUGUCGUGGGGGAAAAGAGGAAAGCCCCAAGCGUCUGUGCAGUGGGGUCAUGAUGUGCGGGCGCCUGACAAGGGUGCCUCCAUGCAGUGUGCUCGCGACACUGAAUUCCUCGCGACUGCAGUUUGUGGGGGCCGUCCAUCAAGAGAAGGACGGUGCGGUCCUAUGUUUAGGCCUGCCCGGUGUGCACCCAGGAAAGGGAUCGUAGGCGCCCAGCGACCAACCGGAGGGACUGAAAGGGGGCUGUACCGGUCCAGUAUCCCUGUACUCUAUCCUCCCUCGUAAUCGGGGGUGCACCUGUGUCACACCUUUCUCUGGACUUUGUUACGGGAGGAGCUGGUGGGGUCCUCCAUGGCGCGGGCAGGAGCACCACCAAAGGGGUCAAUCCUGUAGAUCGGUUCCGGUUGGUCUAAGGCUAUGCUGCCCGUUUUUAUCCCCUGCCCAAGCGCCCUCGGCUAGGAGACCGCUGAGCUCCUCAUGAACCAUGUCCUUCCGAUAUUUGGUGCAUUCCCGCUGACGUGUGGUCUCUGACCGAGUCCCCAAUUCGUCGAGUCGCCGGUUGUGUGGUGGUGGUGCCUUCUGCAGGCUUCGUUGGGCCCAGCCAGCCCUAAUCGUCAGUGGUUGCCAUCCAGGGGUAGGGUCCUAAUGGCCAAAACAGAACGAGAUUAAGUCAGAUAAGGAGAGAAGGGAGUCUGGACUAAGACCGGACCCUGCGGUGUAUGGCGGAAACCAGUAAUGGGGGCCCAACGUCUUGGGCCACCUAUUCGAGUGGUUGGGCUGAAUAUGCGGCCCAACGUCCUCCAGUCUCAGCAACACCGGAUUGAUCCCCCCUUCGAAUAGUGGUCCAUUCGGUUUACACCCUCCAUUAUUUCAGAAGAAUAGGCGCAAAAGUUGGUUGUUCCCUGCAGGCCCAGGGGGGGGCGCUUUGUCCACCGCUGUAGGCGGAACCUGAAUAAGGGGGGGGAAGGGGGCCAUGUGUUCCUUCCUUCGGACCUCCCAAGUACCAAAUUCAGAACCUAAUCGACAGGAAAUCGACAGGCCGGGAAGCCGGACGGCCACCUAGUAAUGUCACGAGCUGAUUCCAUAGAUUUUGGUUGUGGGCCCGACUAAGAAGCCUGACCAAAACUCCGUGGUCGAAUCCAAGAAGCGUGGUCCCAUAUUACAUGCGCCCUUUCCAAUUCCGGGGUCACGCAUUGCUGAGAAAAGUGUUUAAGCCCUGUUCGUAUCGUUUUGUUCUGGCUCGCUCCCCUUGAGUUAACCCCACUUUCCCAUGUUUCACUCCUUAAAAAACCCCUGUCUUGUCCCUUCUCCUGUUGCCCCCACUCCGACCCCCGCCACAGAGGGGGGGGGGGGGGGGGGUCCCAAGUAUCAGUUGACGGCCAGCCAGGCCUACACAUCCGCCGGAUGCUGGGACUGCCCGAUGGUCCAGCUACUCUCUGCAUUAUCUUGAGUGUGGACUAUGUAAGGGCUACGGCCAUAGAGCAAUCUCCUGGGGUUCCAGCCAGGGACCAGUCCUGGACCCAGUUUGAUCCGAGAUUUCGCAACCCUAAAAAUGGGGGCCGUGGGUGGAGUCUGGCAGGAACGUCAGGAGAUGCGUAUCCUAGGAGGAGGGGUGAAUCCUGAUCAGCUUCCUCCUGCCUGUUUGUCUGACCGGGCCUCUAAGGUCAUCUGUUUUCCACCCUCUGCCUUAGUUCUUCCGCUUGUGUCCUAAUUAGCUUGAUCCAGUCCCCUUUGCCUUUUUCCCCUUGUGUAUUUUAUCUGUGGUGUUUUCCCUUGUUUCUCACUUGUGUUAUUGAGUACUGGCUAUUGUCUCCUGCUUUGUUCCAACCGUGUCUUUCCAAGUCGGUUUUCUAAGUUUAUCUUUAAGUUUGUUUUCUCCCCUCGUGGAGUUAUUUUGUUUUGCCUCCUGUUUUGUUUACAUACCUCUUUCUGAGAAGAACAUUUUGUUGGACGAUUUGUUGAUGGCGAAGAACCUUUGUUUUUAUAUUCAAUCUACUGGCCUGAGUAUUGCCUGGGGUGUUUUCAUUUGUUCCUCCUACACCUCCUCUUGGGCUAAGGGGUAUAACCCCCGCUCUCCACAUCUUAGACCGAGUUCUCUAAGCACGGCUUGUGACAAAAAUAGAUCAUGUCUCUUGGCUUUUUCUCUCAGUUUCAGUAUCUGGAGUACCUGAACAUUGACGGCAGUUUUGCUCAAAUCCUUCCAACUGGGAAUAGCCACCUUCCAAAUCUGGAACACAUGUACUUGAUAGGUAAAUGGGUAAUGGGCUCUGGGUGCUGUGAUUGUCAUAUUGGGCCUCAUACAUUCAGAGAUCUAGUUAAGUUAAGUCAUUUGUAUAUACAGGGUUACAGGUUAAGAGCAAUGGCCCCAGAUGUUUUCCAUGGCAUCCCUCAGUUACAAAUAUUCAGCAUUGGUGAACCCUGUGAAGAGGAUUUGUCAGAGAUACUAUGCAGAAUAAUGAAUAUAAAGUCACUUAUAAAGAUAAGUGUAAACGCACCAGUGAUACAAUCGUUAAACCAAUCAAACUGCUCCAACAACAACCAAAACGUGACAUCUGUUUUUAACAAUCUAACAAGAGUUGACUUAUUAUUUGAUGAAAUAACACAUAUAGAGGAAGGUGCAAUGGCUUGGCUCCAGAACCUGACAAUUUUAAAUGCGGCUUUCAGCCAGGAAGUCCUACUGCGCCUUCCCCUUUCUGGGAUUAAGCAAAUCCAGUACUUCAGUUGCUUUGGUAGCAAUGACAUUGAUAUUGAAAGUAUCUGUAAUGUCGUGUUUUUGCUUUCAAUCAAGCAAAUAUAUUUAUACAAUGCCAAUACAAGCAGCCUCUCUAUGUCCAGUGUUGAAUUGUGCAUUGGGCUAGUGUGGUAAACAAGACCGAGCUUUUGCUGGUAAUGCCGUAGUGAUAAGAAGAUCCGCCGACACUGUACUCUGUUUAUAAAGGUUUAUUAUAACAAAGGUUCCAGCAUCGGAAUUUGACAGAUUCUGCAGAUAUCUGUGAGACAGCACAGCCAAUCAGUAAUUUGCUAUUCUCCCCUUCUAUUGUUCAAGACAUGGUUUUAUAUCAUUUAUGACGUAAUAUGGUGUGAUCCUAAAAACCAAUCCCUGGUCUUUUCUACCUUACUCCCCAUAUCAUCUUUCCAUGAACCACAGUAAUGUUUUCCAGAUGUUUCCAGCACAAUAGAGUACAGUUCAUCCGUUACACCAUUUUGCCACAUCAGCAAAAUCUUAGAGCCAAGUUCCCUCUAUCACACAUAAGACACUACACUAGAAUAUAUGCAUUUAUCUGGACCAGGAGCCAUCUAUCCUACUCCCCAUUUGAAAUGGAAUUUCAUUUCCAGUCUCAAAAACCUUAAUCAAUUAAGAAUAGAUGGCCUGACAGAUAACAUACUUGAUAUUUGCUCCUGCCAAAAACAACCAAUCACAUGGUUAACAAAACUCACUUUAGAGUUGAACAAUCCACAAAUACUUUUUGCAAAACAAUUUAGCUGUCUUGUUAAACUGCAGUACCUGGAUUUAACACAUAAUUUUAUUUCAAACAUUGAAGACUUUGCUUUCCUGGGAUUGACAAAUCUGGAGUCCUUAAACAUUACAAGAAAUAACAUAACACAGACCCAUGCAAACCAAUUUUUUGGUUUAAGUAGUUUGACACGUUUAGACCUCAGGAACAAUCCACUUAUUCACAACAUUGAGGCAAUGUCUUUCACACACCUCACGUCUCUAAAACAAGUGUUCCUCGGGCAAGUGCGCAAUCCACUAACAGAACCGGUGAUCAAGCUGAAUCUGACACUUAUAUUUGGUGGCAUUCUGAGUCAGCUGAGUCAUCUGUACAUUAGUUCAGCUAUGAGGCCGAUGCUGUUGACUAUCGGCAGUAACAUCACAUCUAAACAGAACCUGAGUCUCCAGCUCAAAGGCCAGACGGUUUCAUUUGAAGACUGUGACAGACCUUUCUUUCAGUCCGUAACCCAUCUUAAUACUGAUGCUGAAGAAUUCCUUUGUGGAUCUGAAUUCAUGGGAAAGUACUUCACGUCUGUGGAGACAUUUGACUACAGAUCUAAGCUUUCAGCUAAAAGUGUUGAUUUAACAUCAAUUAAUCAGCUGAUUCACCUGAGGAAACUGGCUCUAAGACGGGUGGAUCUUUUAAUACAGCGUUCUGCCAACAUCAUUUUUCACAACCUGACCAAACUGGAGGUUCUGGAACUUUACAACUGCAGGAUUUAUUCUUUGGAGGGGAGUUUAACUAAAGACUUAAAAUCUUUGAAAACAUUGUAUUUGCAUAUCGAGAACAUUUAUAAUGUAUUCUACAGCUUUACUGAACCUCUCUCUAGCCUUAAGUAUUUUAUACUUUUUAAGUUUCAGAUGUUUUGCAGUUGUGACAAUGCUUGGCUCAUUACAUGGGCCAAGGGGUACAGGCAAGUUGAGGUGAUCAUGCUUUCUCCGUAUUCACAUCCAGUUAUGUAGGCUCUGGAGGAUUUGAUAUGCUUGUCGGACAACGGAAUAGACACACCUAAUUUUGUAAAGUACACAGAAGACAACUGCUCAACAGAGGUGGACUUUGUGCUCUUUGCUGCGACUGGUCUGGGAGUCCUGUUCUUCAUGCUGGUGGUGUUGGUUCACAACCUGGCCGGCCCCUACCUCCUCCCCCUCUACCACAUCACCCUUGGCUGGCUGUCGGAGGCCAUGCGAUCCAACACCAGGGGGCGCUACCACUACGAUGCGUUUGUCUCCUACAGCGGGAAGGACGAACACUGGGUGGUGGAGGACCUGCUUCCCAAUUUGGAGCAGAGGGGUCCUCCUUUCCUGCGCCUGUGUCUGCACAGCAGGGACUUCCAGCUGGGGAAGGACAUUGUGGAGAACAUCACAGACAGCCUCUACCAGAGCCGCCACACCCUCUGCCUAGUCAGCCGCCACUACCUGCGCAGUAACUGGUGCUCCCUGGAGAUGAAGCUGGCCACCUCCAGGCUGCAGGUGGAGCAAAGGGACGUCAUCCUCCUGGUCUUCCUGGAGAAGAUCCCCCCUCGCCAGCUGUCUGCCCACCACAGGCUGGCUCGCCUGGUGAAGACCAGGACCUAUCUGGACUGGCCCCAAGACCCCAAUCAGCACCAGGCAUUCUGGGACAGACUGUGGGCUAAACUGAAACCUCAGACUGAAGCGUGA